AUCUCAUUCCUCCUUCAAAGCUACAUCACCAACAACAAGGAAAGAGCAUUCAUUAUGGCCGCCGCAAGAGGAACUGCAAAAACAUUGAAGAAACUAGAAAAGUCUGUGGGUGACGGAAACUAUUAUGAGGCCCAUCAGAUGUACCGUACUGUAGCCAAUCGCUAUGUCAAGGCUCAAAAUUACAAUGAUGCGAUCGAUCUUUUGCACUCUGGAGCAAUGCUUCUGUUGAAGCAUAAGCAGGGCAACUCAGGAACAGACUUGGCAAUAUACCUUAUUGAUGUCUACAAUCAGGCAAAGAUUCCUGUCACAGAAGAAUCUCGAGAUCGUAUUUUCGAUCUUGCUGACUUGAUGGGACCCGAGAACACUCAACGUAGAUCAUUUCUCCAAGGGGCUAUCAGCUGGUCUGGAUACAAUGGAGAGUACCGGGAGGGCGAUCCUCUGAUUCAACACUAUGUGGGAUUGUUGUUCUGGAGAGAAAAGGACUACGCUCAAGCAGAGGCACAUCUGUUAGUAGGAACACAAGAAAGUGCAGAGGCGUUGGGACUUGCCUUGUUCGAGUGGUCAGAAAUGGAACCUAGUCAUGAUAAGGGCGCAUACCUGUUACGCGGUGUCCUUCAGGAAUUAUCAAUGAAAAAUUUACGCGAUGCUAAUGUUGUUUAUAAAACAUUUGUAGAGCGAUUGCCAUCAACCUAUUUGGCAUCAGAACAAAAGUAUAACACCCCUUCAGGUUCUACCAAAACUGUGCAGACCUUCAAGUCCUCACUGCUCAAUUUUACACAGCUGUUGCUCUUGUCCUGUGAAACCGGUAACCCUGCUCUCUUUAAGCAGCUUUCUGCAAAGUAUAAAGGUAUUCUGUCCAUUGACGAGAAUUUUGGCGCGAUGAUGGCGACUAUUGGAGAGCUGUUCUUUGGGGUUAGGGCACCAAAACAGGCUAACUUGUUAGCAGAUCUAAUGAGCAGUCUCUUCUCAGGACCACCAGCAUCGUCGUCACGGCCAGCACUGGGCGCAGGGGCAGAAGAAGCACAGCCAUCACAGCCUACUAUCGAAGAAAUGGACUGAUUGUUCAAGCCAAGAUGGUCUCUGCUCUGCCCAUCUUUUUUUACGAAUAGAAGAUUGAAAUUCUAAGUUGUGGCUAUGCUAGAAACUAAAAAAAGACAAUUUUGAGGAUUGUUAAUUGUUAAUAAUAAAACUACCUUUGAUGAAAA